GAAACCCACCCGCUAUCUGGCUUACCUGCAUGGGGACAGCCACCGGUUUUUUUCUGUCUCUCGGAAGCUGUUGCUGCUGCUCUUCCGUUCCUGUCUCCCUCGGGGGUAUACAAAUACCUCGGCUGCGCGUGACCGCGCUUAGUGUCCCGUCGGUCCUCGCGCCGUUUCGGGUCGUUUCCUACAUGUUCUGAUUCCGCAGCCUUUCCACGCGUUGACAGAAGAUCUGUCCGGUCUACCCUCUUCUCGCGGCCGUCCCCCUCCCCGUUUUCCCCGUUCCUCUCGGCCAUAUGGAGCAGCCGCUCGUGGAGAGCGCCGGCAGUGCGGCGCCCGCCGGCGUCCCCGCGUCGAAUGCUACUUCGCCAGCAGAAGGACGCGCCCACUCGGCCGGAAUUCGCGUGCAGGCCGGCAGCGGGGGUCUUUCUCUUCAGCAGCAGCAGCGGCUCGCGGCGCACAGCCACAUCAAAAGUUUGGGAUUGCAUGCAGACGGGACAGCCAUGAAGACGGGCGGCGGAAUGGUCGGCCAGGAAAAGGCGCGCGAAGCGGCCGGUCUCGUUGUCGACCUCAUCAAAGCCAAGAAACUCGCGGGCCAGGCUUUGCUUUUCGCCGGUCCUGUCGGAAGCGGGAAGACGGCGCUCGCAAUGGCCAUUGCCGCCAGCCUAGGACCCGAGGUGCCAUUCGUUCCGCUCUCGUCGUCUUCGGUCUACAGCAGCGAAGUGAAGAAGACAGAAGUCCUCUUGGAGGCAUGUCGGAAAGCCAUCGCCUUGAGAAUUCGUGAGGUCAAGGAAGUCUACGAGGGAGAGGUGGUGGAGGUGGCUGCAGAAGAAACAGAAAAUCCUCAUGGAGGUUUUGCGAAGUGCUUGAGCGCAGUCAUCAUGACGCUGAAGACAGUGAGAGGGAUGAAGACUCUCCGGCUUGCGCCGCAAAUCCACGACGCAAUUCAGAAGGAGAAAGUGAAAGUCGGAGAUGUCAUUUACAUCGAGGCAAAUACAGGAGCAGUGAAACGCGUCGGGAGGAGCGACGCACACUCAACUGAAUUCGACCUCGAAGUCGAAGAAUAUGUGCCGGUGCCCAAGGGCGAGGUUCACAAAAGAAAAGAAGUCGUCCAAGUCGUCACCCUCCACGAUCUCGAUGUCGCAAAUGCCAAGCCUCAGGGCGGCACGGACAUCAUUUCGGUUAUGGGACAAUUUUUGAAGCCGCGAAAAACAGAGAUUACAGAGAAACUGAGAAGCGAAAUCAACAAAACUGUGAACAAGUACAUCGACCAGGGAAUCGCGGAACUCCUGCCAGGGGUCCUUUUCAUGGAUGAGGUUCACAUGCUGGACAUUGAGUGUUUCACCUUCUUGAACCGAAUUCUAGAGUCGCCUCUAAGCCCCAUCAUCAUUUUCGCCACAAACAGAGGGGUUUGUACAGUUCGGGGAACAGACUCCAUCGAGCCUCACGGGAUGCCGGUCGAUCUCUUGGAUCGCCUCCUCAUCGUCAAAACCGCUCCCUACACGAUCUCAGAGGUCGUUCAAGUUCUGAAGAUCCGUUCACAGGCGGAGAACGUCCGACUCUCGACAGAAGCUCUCGAACUGCUCGGCGAGGUGGGCAGUCACACGUCGCUGCGUUACGCGCUGCAGCUCUUGGAGCCUGCGCGCAUUCUCGCCGAAGUUGAGGGCCAUGAAAUUGUGGAGAGAAAACACAUCGAAGACGUAGACGCUCUCUUCCUUGACUGCAAGUCUUCUGCGCAAAGAUGUGCGGAAAUGCGCGACGUCCUGGUCAGCUAGGCGCGAAAGCGCGAGCCGAGAAACGCCGAGGCCGACCAACUGUCCUUGCCUUCAGAGACCGCAGGGGCCGGACUUGCGUUUGGGGAUCGUUUCGCGCAGUUGAGAGGACGGUCGUCGUGUCGAGCCUUUUUUCAGUGAAGGAUUUCGCGAAAAACGCAAAAUCCGCUGACUUCCUUGACAUGUAACUCCUGGCUGGUGGAAACGGUUUUGUGUCGACGAAAAGAGACAUAAAAACGGCGCGAUAACCGUGGCUUACUGCCGGCUGCAAAGAGCGUCGGCCACAGCAAACGAGGAAGAUGCCGGGGGAGUGGAGGAUUUGGGAACGGCAUCGAGGGGGAAAGCCAGAGUGCAAAUCGAAGGCUACAGCACCACUAGGAGGCCUCUGCAUCUUUUUGGUGGCAGAAGUGUGUCAGUGAAGAGGCAGACACACGGAAAAGAAGUGGACCCGAUUCACAAACAGUGGCGCUGUUGUGAACGAUGCACUCGAGAGACUUUGUUGUUUGCACGUCCAGAACUGGUGGGGCUGGGCGUGUUUUGUCGGUGUUUGUGUACGUUCAAGAUCGAGUGUCGCUUGAAAGAAAAGAGAAACUGGAAGAAGAUGCGUUUUUUGUGGAGAAACACGCACUUUUUUGGCAAAUAAAACGUUUCCUUAGAAGCCGAGGUGAAACAGAGCAGAGAUCGCUGCGCCGUCAGAAGGCACCUGACCUACGAGGCGGUCUUCCAGGGUCCUUUGAUGGGCGCCGCACUAAUUGCUCUUCUAUUCCUCUUUUUUACCGUUGCUCCCUUCGCCAAGUGUGACUCCAGCACUCUGUCGUGUCGCGUGCCUACGCCGGCAGGUAUUUUCCCUUCCUUUGCUUUUAACUCUGGUCUUACACUCCAGCUGUUUUAGGAAACCCAAACUGUGAACGACGCGAAUUUUUGUCCUUGACUUUGCGGGAACUGGCGACACCUCAGACGUCCAGUUCUUCGUUUGCCUGUUGUUGGAACGCUUCUGUACUUUGCCUUCCCC